CUCACGCCAUUACAAACAGUUCCACCAGAAGACAUUGUAAAGACAGUCCCCUCAGAAAAUUUUAUAACACCCUGCAUUGCUACCCCCAAUGCAGAGGAACCUGACAAUGAGAAAGUGGAAUCUGAUGGAAAACAAGGCGAUGGAAAAAGAGCAAAUGACAACGCGCGCUUUGAGCUUCCUUCAUUUUCUCAGAUUGAUCCUACUGUUCUUGACCAACUUCCCAAUGAUUUGAAAGCCGACAUUAUUCAAGAAUAUCAACGACAGGGAAUUGCGUUAAGCGGAGUGAAUAGUCUUACGAAAAACUAUUCAGAACCUGUAGCAGGACCGUCGAAAGCUGAAGCGGGAAAUGGUUCUUCCCUUGCCGAUUCUCAAAUUGAUCCAUUGGUUUUUGACCAACUUCGUGAUGAUUUGAAGAACGACAUUAUUCAAGAAUAUCAACGAAAAGGAAUUACUUUAAGCGUUGCGAAAAGUUCUACGGAAAACUUCCCAAAACCUAUAGCAGGAACGUCGAAAACCGAAACAGCCCUUGGCUCUUCCGUAACUAAAGAAUCAGUGAACUCUUCUGGGACUUCACUGUCAGAAAAGCCUGUAUCGUACGAUGGAAUCGAGGAGAUCACGGACAUCGACGCGAGUUACUGGUCGGCAUUGCCAGAUGACAUCAGAGUUGAAAUAGAAAGAGACAUUCAGCAACGCAAAUCGGAAACAACCUCACCCAUGAAGGGCUGGAAAAGUAUAUUUAAGCCUCAGCGAUCUCCUGUUAAAGCUGCCGGAAAAAUUUUAAACGGGAAGACAAAAGCUGAAACCAAGCGAAAGACCAAAUUCCAAGAAAUACCGAAAGCAAAAGUUCAACCUACGAUUCCAAUUCGGGUUGCAGUAGCUCAGGAGAAGGUAGUAAUAGAUGCAAAACGUCUUGAAGCACCAAAAGAAGAAUUAGCUUUGAGUGGCGCUUCUACUUUGCCGGAAAUUCGGCAACUGUUGCUGGAAUGGUUUUCGUCAUGUGAUAGCCCUGAAAGUGAGGAUUGCGAGGCUGUCUCGAAGUUCCUUGCAUGUUUGGUAAAUAAUAAAGAAUUGCACAAGAUUGAACCCAUUAUUCUUUUCUUAAGAAGAAGGUCAGUUGGGCAAAGUGAUUCAUGGAAACGUACAGUUGAUGAUAUAAUCAACACCACUCAGCUGUAUGUGAUUCAGUAUUACAACGCCCCGCUGAAACUCCCUUCGUCGUUUUUAUGAUUGCCAUACCUCUGUACUUUUCAUUUACGUGGUCCGUGAAUACCGCCUACCAGCCUACGGGGAUCGUGGUUCCCUGCUGCAGUUCGGCAGUCCCUGGUUCCCAGCCUUUGCUUGCUACUGCUGGAAUGCUAGCCUGUAACUGGAACUCUGGAUAGUCUGGAUCUGGAAGUGGAAGCUUGCUGGCUGCUGUUAUCUGUUAGACUGGUUUACUGCUGCCAGGAUGGAUGAUUGGUGAGCAUGGGCUUCUAUCGUGUCUCAACGGACACCCGUAGUACCAAAACAGAAUUGACCAAAAUCUAUGUGAAUUUACUGUAUUGGCUAACCAAAAGCCAUGGCUGAAGCAGUACGCCCAAAGAGUAAGAAAAAGGGGAAACCUAAGUUAAAGGAGAUAUUGGUUGAACAUGCUGAUCCCUUCUCAAAUACUGAAAACCAGCCAAGCUGUUCAGGGACUGAGAGUGACAUUAAAAAAGAACUAGGAACCAUCUUGCCAAGCAUAGAAGAUGAGAUCCAACAGGAUGCACCCAUCACAACAGAAAGUCAUAAAAACAUUACAGCCAAACAUAUUCCAAACCAUUUAGUUGAAGAUGAAGCCAAGUUAUUUGAAAAUGGAUCUGAACUUGUGUUUGCUAAACAAGAAAAUGAAGCUGUGUUGUUUCAAGAAGGUUCUAAAGUGCAAGAAGCUUCAAUAUGUGAGAAUUCUAUUCAUGAACAACUCAUGGAACUUUUAAUUGAAUCACCAAAAAUUAAGCCAGAAAUUCCCUCAGCACCAGCUCCUAGCAUGUUGAAUGGUACCUUUGAAUUCAACCUUGACCUACCUAUUGAAGAAAAGGCAGCAGACAUUGUAUUUCCACAGUCAUUUGAAAAUAGCAUCAGUCAAGCUGUUUACAAGCAACAACAAUUCAAUAGUUUAAAACCUUUCACUGCAGAGCAGCUGGUGUCCUUUUAUGAAAACCCUUUAUUAUUGGGCGAGGAGGCUGUGGUGGAAAGUUUUCUUGACUGUCGAAAAAAUUUAGAAACACAUCCCUUAUAUGAAAACCUAACAUACUUUUUGCGCUCUCGACCUAUGUUAAAAAGCAAUUUAGAAGAACUUGAGCAGUUUAAUCGAGAUGUUGAAGCUUUGACAUCUCAGCUGUGGACAACAGAAACCAGAAGAAUGAUUGAAUAUGGUGAAUGCGCCGACAGCAAGCGAGUUAAGGCUCACUACGAUUUCCCUGUGGCCCAUCUCAAUGAGAAGUCCUCACUUCAGCUAAUUCGGCAGUUACAGCAACAACGUGAAAAAAUUCAAGAAAAGCUAGUAUUGAGUGUCUACGAAUCUCACUUGUGGAGGCUGCGAGUUGAUUGGUUAAUUUGCCAGGGCAGCCAACACAGUGAACAUGGCUCCAUUUCGGUUCUUUUUGCCUUUUUGCGUCGACCAGUCAAAGAUAAAAUGUUCGUCGAUCAUCUGAAGUUCUGGUUAAAUUACGUUGCCGUUUCUUUAUUGAAACGAGCUAGAAAAGAAGAUUAUAUUUUCCUUGCUCAUCACGCAGUGCGCUGCCCAACUGGAUUGGCUAGAUGGGGAAGUCCGUACGUGCAAACACCUUUUUGUGAUCCUUUUGAAGACCGCCAGGGCACAAACAUUCAUCACGUUGAUGUCGGAUUAGCCUGCUUCAUAGCGCUCUCCAUGACGAAUGCCGGACAUAGUGUCCCUGAAUUUUGUUCGGUCGGCAUGGAUCUCUUGUACAUUUUGAGUAUCGCUGAUCAACACCGCCCCGUCGUGGCCUUCCUCAACCAUUUAUUUCCCCUUAUAGUCACAUGCCCUGAUGUACUCUACAAUCAGCCUAAAUUGCUAGAAAUCUUCCAACGACUAAUUCAGGCUGAUCUGACUUACUACAAGAGGGCAAAAAACUUGUUGGCACCCCAAUUUCCUGGAGUAGUCCUCAAAAUGAUGGCUUCCUUAAUCGAAAACACCAUUUGGAAGCUGAACGGGUUAUAUUUGACUGGAGCCACACCUGCACUUGAGAUUUGGCUAAAUUUACUCACAAGUCUACCCAAAUGGAAUGUCGACAAAAGUGUGCUUUAUCUCCUUGACAUAUUGGCUAGAAUCGCCUGGGCGAAUUCUUCUGAUAUCCAAAGUUUUAAUCGAAUAUUAUCCGUUGUUCUCAAAGAAUCAAGUAAAGUUCAUCGGCCGUCCAAAGGUAUCGUGUCACGCGUAGGUAAUUGGGUGAGUGGAUCAUCUGAGGCUCUUGUUCAGUUGGAUGCAACCGAAUUGAUUUCACCCACCCCUUCGCUGCCUUAUCUGUCAUGGAUAGUCUUAGCAAUGGAGAUGGAACGCCAGUCUAAAUUGUGGCAACAUCUUAUCAUCGAAUUGCAACCGGGCAAGGUAAAAAGCAUCGAACAAGCUUUGAAAUCCAUUGCAGGAUUUCUUAAAAUUCCGUACAUUGGUGUCCAUCAACUUUGUUUGAUCCGCUACGCGCAAAUGGCAUUGGAACUGAAUCCAGACCACCCGCUUUUGCCGGUAAUCAUCCAACGUUUCUUCAGUCUGUAUUUUGCUUGUUAGCAACCAAGAGAAACCCGAUGCAGCAGAUGGGCCUUUAUUACCUUUUGGAACAAAUGCUCUCGAACUGCAAGGCACUUUCAUUGAGUGAAGCAAUUGAGCCAAAGCUCUGUUUCGUGUACGAAAGACUGCUAACUGUUUGGAAUCUUACCUCGCCAAAUCUCAGUCCUAAAAAGACAGCUGUGAAAGCAGAAUGGUGUGAAUUACUCGGCUCCUGGACUGAAGAAAACAAAAGUUGGUUAUCAACAAUUGGCCUGGGUAAAGCACCCAGACUGUCAUCCAAGGGUCGCUGUUUGGCUCACGUCAUAUUGUGUUACUUGCAGCAAUCUAAGAUAGCUCUGGAUCAGCUAGAGAGCAGAUGGAGAAUAAAUCGUCCAAAAUCUGGUCCCCUUAUUAUACUCUAAUUCCUAUCUUUCACGCUUAAUUGUUAAGUAAAAACGCAGAUAUUUCAUUAUCGUUACCGUUUUUUUUGGUCAAAUAAGUAAAGUUUCAUUGUUUUUGUAGUUUGAUCGACAGUUGAUUGUAAAUUUUCUGUAAAAAAUAACAACAACAAAAGUUUCUUAAUCGCGUGAUUUAUGGGAAGAAAUACAGGCCAUCGAAGAAGUA